AUGAUGCUUAGCAGCUCGGUGGAAGUGCCCAGCCCUCUCGGCUCCUCUCUCGGCUCCUCUGAGGCUGCCAUGGCAACCGGGGCGGGGCGCAACGUGGUGCGCAGCUGUAGCAUCAGCGGUGCCAUGUACAACCUGGAGAAGAGCCCCAGUAGCAGUGCUGGGGGAGGGGGAGGAGGGGGGACGGAGGCAGGGGGCAACAAGAAGAGACGCUCCAGCCUGGGGGCCAAGAUGGUGGCCAUCGUGGGCCUCUCGCAGUGGAGCAAGAGCACCCUGCAACUCAACCAGCAAGAUGGCGGCACGAAGAAGCUGCGCAGCACGAUCCGGCGCAGCACGGAGACGGGCAUCGCCGUGGAGAUGCGUAACCGGGUGACCAGGCAGGGUAGUAAGGAGUCCACCGACGGCAGCACCAACAGCAACAGCUCAGACGGAGCGUUCAUCUUCCCCACCACUCGUCUGGGUCCAGAGUCUCAGUUCAGUGACUUCCUGGAUGGAUUAGGCCCCGCCCAGAUUGUUGGCCGGCAAACAUUAGCCACGCCCUCUAUGGGCGACGUCCACCUGGGUGUUGUGGAUCGGGAGGGCCAGCUGGAGGUAGAGAUCAACCAGGCCCGAGGCCUCACCCCUAAACCAGGCUCCAAGAACAUCCCUGCGACGUACGUGAAGGUGUACGUGUUGGAAGGCGGCGUCUGCCUGGCCAAGAAGAAGACCAAAGUGGUGAAGAAGACCUUCGACCCCUCCUACCAGCAGAGCCUGCUGUUCGACGAGAGCCCUCAGGGGAAGGUCUUACAGGUGAUCGUGUGGGGCGACUACGGGCGCAUGGACUCCAAGUGCUUCAUGGGGAUGGCCCAGAUCCUAUUGGACGAGCUGGACCUGUCGGCCUCCGUGAGUGGCUGGUACAAGCUCUUCCCCACGUCCUCCAUGGCCGACCACAGCCUCGGCCCGCUGACGCGACGCCUGUCUCAGUCCUCGCUGGAGAGCGCCACCAGUCCCACCUGCCCCUAA